AUGGCUCAGACCAUGCACCUCAACAAUGGCACAGAGAGAGGACAAAGAUGCCCGAGCACAGAGGAGAAGGAGGACUCGGUGGCCCCCUACUAUGUUGAAACUCCUUACGGUUAUCAGUUAGACCUGGAUUUCCUAAAGUAUGUUGAUGAUAUUGAGCGGGGCAACACCAUUAAGAAACUGAGCAUUCAGAGGAAGCCCAGGACGCCCAGGGCGCUGGCUCUGCCCCGGGGCAGUUCUCAGGCUGAAUGGACGUCCACAGACUCGCUGUCCUCCUCCAACAGCGACGACAAACAGUCCCCAGUGUCUUUCAGCUCCAGGCCUCUGUGCCCCGCUCCUCUCACCCCCACACUGAGUCUUUCCAGUGACCAGGCCUACAGUGCAGAGCACAGACCACUGCUGCCCCCACAAUCCCCCCGCAUCACUCCUCGACACAACCCUCAAGUGGAGAAGACUCUGAUGGAGACCAGGAGGCGCCUGGAGCAGGAGCGCCUGCUCAUGCAGCCUCUCAGUGAGCCUCCACGCAGGCGUCUGGCCAGCUUUGGAGGGUUGGGCUCCAACAGCUCUCUGUCCUCGUACUCUGGCUCUAUCGGCACCAGUCAGAUCUCUCCUUCAACCCACCAGCCUCUCUCAGCCAAUGGUCACCUUUCCAAUGGUGGAGAGUACAACCUCUACUUCCCAACUUCUCUGGGAGGCUCCAUCCGUCAUAGCCCCCUGAGCUCUGGCAUGACCACCCCUGUGACCAAUGUCAGCCCCCUGCAGCUGCAUCAAAUCAGAGAGCAGAUGGUGAUUGCUCUGAAGAGGCUAAAGGAGCUCGAGGAACAGGUGAAAACCAUUCCAAUCCUGCAAGUUAAAAUAGCAGUUCUCCAGGAGGAAAAGAGGCAAAUGGCAGCUCAGUCCAAAAACCCUGGUGGUUUUCGUAAGCGUUCAUUCAGUGUUGGUAGUGCUGACCAAAUGGAAAAUAAUAAUUUGAUUCAAAAGGAAAUGGAACUGCACAUUAAGGAGCCUGAAGCCCCUGAACAGAAAGGGGAAAGGCUGUACGAGUUUAGACGUUUGGCGGCCGAGGUCCAAGCUCUGGAACAGACGACUCGGGAAAACACCGAAAGAGAUGCGCAGUUGAACAGUCGUGUACAAAGGCAAACUCACCAAAAAUCUAUUGGCACAGUUACAGACGAAAACAUGAACAAUCUGACCAAACAGCUGUCCCCAGAGCAGAGUUUACGAGAUGUAGGCGUAGCAACAGAUGCAAAGAAAACGUGUAGCGCAGCUGUGGGCGUAACUGAAACUAUGCUCGGCCUUACGAGUGACGCAGAGAAAGAGAUCGAACUCCAGCAACAAUCCAUCGACGCGCUGAAGGAGAAGGUCUAUCGCUUGGAAGUGCAACUCAAAGAGACCACUCACAAAAUGGAGAUGGGCAAGCUGAAGCUAGAACUGCAAGCCGCCGGCGGGUCAAGCAAGAAAAAGUGCGACAAAGGUUUCACGGUGAAACCAGAGAUGUACAACGUGUGUGUGGAGGCGAAGGUCCAGGUGCGAAGCCAGGGCGUCGGUGACUGCUUGAAAACCGCUCACACUUCUCAAACCGUAGGAGUCUCAUGUCAGCCUUGCCUCCGGUCUAUGGGGGUCGGUCCGGAGGUUUCCAUGGACCGCUGGGUUGUGCGAGAGAAGGUGCAGCUCAAUGACCAAUGCGUGGGACGAACGGUAGAGAUGCGUCACCAGGAAGUUGGCAUGGAGAGAGACGUUUGCGAGAUUGGCGUGAAUACAGAAGCGUCUAUGGGAGUUGAAGAUUUCGAAAGCGCGUCAACCAAAGAUUGCCGGUCGGUAGGGAGUGGGGACUGUUCGGUGGAUGUCGUGGUCAGUCCCGUAAAGACUCUGAUCUCGCAAGGAACCGAAGCCGAUCUUGUUACAAAGGUGGACUCUGGAACGAUGGCUUCUCCGGAGUCCGCGACAAGGCAAACAAACACAGAUAGUCAAGGGAAAAGCAUUUCUACAAGCAUGGAAUCCAUCGUUUUGGUUGACUCGUGCACAGAUAUGGCGCUCAAUACAGAGGACAAGCACACAAACACAGCAGCUACUGAGACUAGGACUGUAGCUGCUGGUGAAGGACUCGUCAAAGAUCCCCCUUCGCCUACGAGAAUUCGCUCUGUGGCAGUGGGAACGGUCACAGAUGUGCAGUCCGUCAAUCAGAGCUCUUCAAAAACCAAAGAAUGUGGGGUGGGAGCGCUUGACAUUUCUGAAAGCUACUUAGUUGGCUUGAAGACGAGAAAUAUCGCAUGCGGGCCUUCUCAGCCCACAAGCCCAGAGCCUGUUACGAGCACAACAAAAGAGAAUCUUGAAUGCGCAAGUGUCAAGGCCCAGGAUAAGUCCCAAGAUAAGUCCCAGGAGGCCGCGGGGCUGGAUCACUACAUCGAGAGGGUGCAAAAGCUGCUACAGGAACAGCAGAUGCUCCUGGCAGAGAACUACAGCGAGCUGGCCGAGGCGUUUGGUCAACCCGAGAGCCAGUUCAACUCGAUAAACAGCCAGCUGGUCAGCACGCUCUCUUCAAUUAACUCUGUCAUGAAGUGUGGAAGCGCCGAGGACAUUCUCAAGCUGCAGACGGACUCCUUGUGCCUUCCGUCAGUUGGCAGUGAGCAGCUGAAGGGGGCGGAGCAGACUGCAGGCGCCGACCCAAACUCUCAACACUCCAUCAGCGCAGAGCAGAAGAGCCGCAUGGACUUACAGAUGUCCUCAGCGCUACUCGGACCGAGCACUCUUAAGUCCAUCAUGAAAAAGAAAGACGGGCAACCGGAGUCGAACGGCACCAAGAAAAACCUGCAGUUUGUGGGAGUGAACGGAGGCUAUGAGACGACCUCGAGCGACGAGUCCAGUUCAGAGGACAGCAGCUCGUCGGAGGAAGAGGAGGAAGGCGGGUUUGGGGAUUCUGAAGGGUUCGAGAACGUGGAGGGGAAAGACAAAGAGGAGUCUGAGGCGGAAGGAGCCGAGAAAGUGAACGAGAAGGACGCGGACGCAAGUUUGGAAACCAGAGAACGAUAUGAGCUGAGUGAGAAGAUGAUCGCGGCGUGUGGCGUUCUCAAGACCCACCUGAACGACCCCAAGGCUGUGAACGCUAAAGACUUGAGAACCUGCCUGAACACCAUCCAGCACGAGUGGUUCCGCGUGUCCAGUCAGAAGGCGGCGACACCGGCUCUGGUGGAGGAUUAUCUGAGCGGCUUCAGGAGCGUGUCCGCCGCCGUCCUGCAGCACGUGGUCAACAUGGCCGACGGCAACGGCAACACUGCCCUGCACUACAGCGUCUCCCACUCCAACUUCCUGGUGGUGAGGAUGCUCCUGGACGCAGACGUGUGCAACGUGGACCAGCAGAACAAGGCCGGAUACACUCCCAUCAUGCUCGCUGCUCUGGCCGCCGUGGAGACGCCCAAAGACAUGAUGAUCGUGGAGGAGCUUUUCAGUAAAGGCGACGUCAACGCGCGCGCCAGCCAGGCGGGGCAGACCGCGCUGAUGCUGGCCGUCAGUCAUGGCCGCAUGGACAUGGUGCGCGCUCUCCUGUGUCACGGCGCUGAGGUGAACGUCCAGGACGACGAAGGCUCCACGGCGCUGAUGUGUGCGAGCGAACACGGACACGUAGAGAUCGUGAAGCUGCUGCUGGCUCAGGCGGGCUGCGACGCCACGCUCAGCGACAGCGACGAAAGCAACGCUCUGUCCAUCGCUCUGGAAGCUGGACACAAGGACAUCGCAGUCCUGCUUUACGCACACGUCAACUUCUCCAAAGCCCAGUCUCCGGGAACGCCUCGCCUGGGCAGGAAGACGUCCCCCAGCCCUACCCGCCGGGGGCUGUUUGACUAG